ACACACACACAGUCACUCCGCUGACAAGAUGGCGGCGCAGCGCGAGAAGGCGAGUGAGCAGCUGCAGCAAUGGAAGGAAGCGAUACACGAGGGGGGUCAAGAUGUCCUGACAACCGGGGGCCACCCGAUUGGCGACAAAUUGAACGUCAUGACGACAGGAUCUCGUGGACCACUGCUGGUCCAGGACGUGGUGUUCACUGACGAGAUGGCUCACUUCGACCGAGAGAGGAUUCCCGAGCGAGUGGUGCACGCCAAAGGGGCCGGUGCCUUUGGCUUCUUCGAGGUGACCCACGAUAUCACAAAGUACUGCAAGGCCCAAGUGUUCCAUCACGUGGGCAAGAGAACGCCCGUGUCUGUCAGGUUUUCCACCGUGGGGGGCGAAUCUGGCUCUGCUGACACUGUCCGUGACCCGCGAGGAUUCGCUGUCAAGUUUUACACCGAGGAAGGGAACUGGGAUAUGACUGGUAACAACACCCCAAUCUUCUUCAUCCGGGAUGCCUUCCUGUUCCCGUCAUUCAUCCAUACCCAGAAGAGAAAUCCACAGACACACCUGAAGGAUGCGGACAUGACCUGGGACUUCUUCUCACUUCGGCCAGAGACACUUCACCAGGUGAGCAUCCUGUACAGUGACCGUGGAAUUCCCGAUGGAUAUCGCCACAUGAAUGGUUACGGCUCGCACACCUUCAAGCUGGUCAAUGCUAACAGAGAGGCCGUGUACUGCAAGUUCCAUUUUAAGACGGAUCAGGGCAUCAGAAACCUGACCGUGGAGCAGGCAGCGAAAUUCGGAUCUGAAGAUCCCGACUACUCCAUCCGUGACCUGUACAACGCGAUCGCCAAUGGCUCCUACCCCUCCUGGACCCUCUACAUCCAGAUCAUGACCUUUGAUGAAGCUGAAAAGUACGAGUGGAAUCCCUUUGAUGUAACCAAGGUGUGGUCCCACGGCCAGUACCCACUGAUCCCCGUGGGGAGGCUGGUGCUGAACAAGAACCCGCUGAACUACUUCACCGAUGUGGAACAGCUGGCUUUCGACCCCAGCAACAUGCCACCGGGCAUUGAGCCCAGUCCUGACAAGAUGCUGCAGGGCCGCCUGUUUUCCUACCCGGAUACUCACAGACACCGUCUGGGUACCAACUACCUGCAGCUGCCCGUCAACUGCCCGUUCAAGACCCGCGUGGCCAACUACCAGCGAGAUGGGCCUAUGUGCUCCACCGACAACCAGGGAGGAGCCCCAAACUAUUACCCAAACAGUUUCAGUGCCCCUGAAGUUCAGCCUUUGACCAGAGAGCACUGCCUGGCUGUCGUCGGUGACAUCUCGCGCUACAACAGCGCCAACGAAGACAAUUUCUCUCAGGUGACCACGUUUUAUACAAAGGUGCUGGGCCCCUCCGAGCGCCAACGAUUGUGCGAGAACAUCGCGAAUCACCUGAAGGAUGCUCAGAUUUUCAUCCAGAACCGAAUGGUGAAGCUCUUCAGUUCUGUUCACCCUGAGUACGGGGCGACCGUUCGUUCUUUGCUGGAUAUGUACAACUCUAAAGACGCCAGGCAGAUGAUCCACGCUUACAGUGACUCCCCCAAAGGCCCGUUAGCUGGCUCCUCUGGGAGAUCCAACCUGUGAUGAGAUGAAGCCUGAAAUCCACUAUCACAACCCUUCAAGUCUGAAUGCAACAUAAUCUCCAAUUAACCGUGAACAACCAUAGCAUAAUCCCUUUAACGUGAAAUCUCGACAAAUCCAGGGAGAAAUUAGUUUUGUUUAAAUUGUUAUUUUAUUUUUGGCGCUGAUGGAAUGUAAAUAAAACCCUCCAAAUGGAUGUUUUAGACAGCCAGCGCGGCAAGGGCCCAUCCCUACUCUGUCGUCACCAGCACACACCGUCCACACUCAGGCUGCUGGGACACUGCUCUGUGGGGUGAUUAUCACACCCUCCUUUCCCAUUGGAAAGGCUACGUCUCACGACAAAUAGAUCGUCCGAUCAAUUGGAGGCAACGUUGGCCACACAAAUCUCAACUGAAAACAAUAUACCUCCAAUGCCACUGCAACCAACAGCCUUUUAGGAUUGUUCGUUCUCCUUGUAUUUGACUAAAACGCCUUUCAGCACUUUUUUUCUUUUAAAACAGGAUGCCGCUUCUGACUAGUCUUAAGUUUUAAUGCACAAGCUGUUGAUGCCUUGCUUUCUGGGACUGAAGCUAAUCAGGCUGAGGUCAACAAUGUUUUACUAACUGAACCAGAACCAGUUCCUUUCCCGAUUGCAAUAUGGGAUAAAGGGGGGAGGAGGGGCUAAUGCCAGAAGGAUAUAACUGAUGGAAGCAUUACUAAUGUGACUUAUGAUUACUACUGUGAAUAUUUGUAUUAAUCGACCAGACUAAUAUAAGCUCCAUUGGGCUUUUCCAAGCCUUCCUCGUCCUGCUUUUUUGGGUGGGGGGAGAAGAGAAGGAGAACGUAGGGAAUAGAGAAAGGGGGAAGGGCUGGUAAGUGUGCCGUCCAUUGCAGAACACUUAAUCUGCGUAAUCUCAUUAGGAUUGGGGUAAGGGGCGGAAUUAUUUGGUUUGAAUGUAUUUGUCCGUCUCGGCUUAAAUGUUCUCUUCGGAGUUUAAUUUUUGACUUCCCAUUAAAUUGAUCUACAAUUUGAA